AUCAGUCAUUAUCAACAAAAUAAAAUUGUCAUGUGUCAUCAAAUGCCCUAAGAGUUUACAGAAAAAAAAGGCCUAGGCCUACAUUCGAUCAACAUUAACAUUUUUGUUAUUCUUUAUACGCCGCAUUCUAUUCAAGCGUCUCCAUUAUGGUUCGAAGAAACAUAGGACCCGGGCCGGGAAAGUACCUUUUGCCACCCGUGGUGGGGUACGACCAUCAUGACUUCACCAAGUACCGGAACCCUCAGUUUUCCAUGGGUCUUAAACUGGGUAGCAGCAAGAAGGACUUUGGACCCGGACCGAAAUAUCCCGUUGAAAAGAUGACUCGUUAUGGAAAAGCCAGUCCUCCAGCUUAUUCGAUUAAAUCCAGAGCCAAACCGCUCGCUGCCUUUCAGGCACCUGGACCGGGCACUUAUGCACCAGAAAAGGCACCCAGAAUGAAGGAACCACGACCCCCGGCCUAUUCUAUGUCCGCCAGAUACCCGGGAUAUAAACCCUAUGUAACACCCGGUCCAGAUAAAUAUGAAGUGCCUUCCACCUUAGGUCCUAAGGUGCCUGACAAACAUGCCAAUGCAGCGUAUAGCAUGUCUUUCCGCCAAAAGAUUCUCGAUACAGACCGAUCUCCCGGUCCGGCAAAAUACAACAGUGCAAAAACGAACUUAUACAAAAACAAAGCGCCCGAUUACAGCAUCUCUCCGAGGGUUUAUCCGCCCGGUAAUAAAUCCCAGACCCCGGGACCGAUUUAUUUGCCGAAGUUGCCUCAGAAACCGGGAUAUUCGUUCGGGCUCAGAACGGAUACCGAUCCUUAUGUGACCGCCGAGGACGAUAUGCCAUGCGUGGAACGAGCCAAGGGAUGUUAAAGCAAAAACCAAUCAGAAUUUAUUCAUAUGUAACUUAAGGGGAAAAUAGAAAAGUAAAGUGCAUUU